CACUAUUGUGCUGAAUGUCAUUCACUUAGGGCAACUGACAGGACAAAGACUGGAGAAGAGAGCAGCAUGGCCCCUGAAGAAAAGCCAAGGGAGAAGCCGGCUCAAAGGGCAAUAAAGAAGAUCAGGACAGCGUCUCUGGUUAUUAGCUUAGCUCGAGGCUGGCAGCAAUGGGCCAAUGAGAAUAGCACGAGGCAAGCCCAAGAACCUUCGGGGUGGCUGCCUGGUGGGGAUAAGGAGAAAGAUGAUUCACCCAAAGAGAGCGGCACCACGAAAUCAUUAGAGCCUUUCCCAGAGAAGCCAGGUAUGAGAGGCGGAGGUCAGAGGUGUGUGUUGGCAAAGCCAUUUUCAAAUGGAGACAGAGAGUGUCUAAGCCCUCUUGCAGACGAUGAACCUGGGGAGGCUCACAUUAAAAGGAAAGAAGUCACCAAAACAGUGGUCAACAAAGUCUAUGAGCGAGGUGGGGACAUAAGCCUUCUCAGCCACAGAUACGAGAGUGAUGGGGCUGACCCUGGGUCGUGGCAGGAGGGGAAAGACGUGGACCACAUUGACAAGAUCUUGAACAGCCAUUCUUCCCCAACCAGGAGGAGGAAGUGCUUGAACCUGGUGUCAGAACUGACCAAAGGCUGGAAAGAGAUAGAGCAAGAAGAGCCCACAAGCCGCAGUGACAGCAUAGACACUGAAGACAGCGGCUACGGAGGGGAUUCCGAAGAGCGGCUGGAGCAGGACUGCAGCAAGCAAGAAGGAGAUCACGUGACUGCAGCCAGGAUUAAAAGAGCCCUGCCUUCCCAGGCAAGCCGGUUUGCAGAAAAUCUCAGCAGCAAGGCCCAGAGGAAAUACAGCCAAGUGAACAGCUUGAAGGGAAGAUGGCAAAAAUGGGCUGAUGAGCAUGUGCAGACUCAAAAACUGAAUCCCUUCAGUGAAGAGUUUGAUCAUGAGUUGGCUAUGUCCACCCGCCUGCACAAAGGGGACGAGGGCUAUGGACGCCCCAAAGAGGGAACAAAAACGGCUGAACGGGCCAAGCGAGCCGAAGAACACAUCUACAGGGAAAUCAUGGAUCUGUGCUUUGUGAUCCGAACAAUGGCUCGCCACCGACGAGAUGGCAAAAUCCAAGUCACUUUUGGAGAACUCUUUGAUAGAUAUGUACGGAUUUCUGACAAGGUGGUGGGCAUUCUUAUGAGAGCCAGGAAACACGGACUCGUCCACUUUGAAGGAGAAAUGCUGUGGCAAGGCAGAGACGACAAUGUGGUGAUUACACUCCUACAAUGACCAUUGAUAGUCAUGAGUAGAUCGCAUGAAUCAUCUAAUCUUGAUAUUAGCCAAAAAUGGUGAAGAAAUAUAAAUGCAAACUACUAAGUAGCAGACUUUCACAUAUUAAAUUAUUAUUUUUACAACUUUGUAAUAAGUUGGAUCCUCUUCUGUUUACGAAAAAUAUUGGAGCAUUUGAGAAAAUAAACAAAAAUGGUUAAUAUUAUUUAAUAAUAUCACGCAUUUGAAAAGCUAUUUUUCUCCAAAGAGCAAAGGCCAUUUUCUGGUCUAAAAUCAUUGACUGUUUAGUAAAGAAGUCAAAUGUUAAUGGAUUUUAAGCUAAGGUACAAAUCAUAAGGAUUAAGAAGGAUAUUAGCAAUAAGAAAAAGUCAGGAAAGCUAAUGCUAGUACCACAAACUACAGCAAGAAUAGCCACAAGAGCUGUUUACAUUUUUAUCAUGGCAUCAUCUCAUUAGAUUCUCAUGAUUACUCCUGUAAGCAAAUAGUAUAAAUAUCAUUAUUCUCAUUUUCCAGAUGAGAAAACAAAAGCUCUGAGGGGUUGUGAUUCAUCCAAGGCCACAAAGCAAGUAUUUUUGUGAUAAGCUGAGACACAAACCCAUUUUUCUAUAUGAGUCCAGCACUGUUCUUAGAACCAUAGUUUUUGAGGUAUGACCAUUUUUUUCUGGUAAUACUACUGACUUAAACUUUAUAUACAUAUUUAUAUAUGUCUAUAUUGUUUUCUUGGAAUUAUAGCAUCCAACAGACUCUAAAGUCAUUAAAUAUGAUCCUGACAUCCUUCAGAAUUCUCGAUAUAAACUCAGGCUAUUGGGCAAGUUGCCAAGAGUCUUGUAGCCUACUCAUCGGGUGCCAUAUAUGAGUAGCACAUCCAUAAAGAAGCCCCUGGAGAUCUUGGACAUUUUCCAUCAUUCAAUGUUUAGGACAACAGGGGUUGAAUACCCAACAGAAUGAGGAUAAUUAUUUAGCUCAGUUCAAAAAACAUUUAUUAAGGGACAAAUCUUUUCAAGGAUAAGGCAAAAUGACAAAACACUCCUUACCCUCAAGUUUCAUGAAUUCCCAAAGCUUAUGGCUCUAUAAAAUUGUACACAUCAUGAGAGAGAGAAUUAUUUUAUUACAUGUACAUAAAAAUCUCCAGGAACAUAUCUUAUGAUGUUACUGGAAAUGACUAGCAAGGUUUUCUUGUGUUCUGUCUCCAGAAAAGUUGACAAAAAAUUAAAAUGAAAAUGGUUUUAAGGUUAAACUUAAUUUAAACUUCUAUUGUUCAAUAAAGCAUUCUCAAUUUUUAAAAAUUAAGUAGAAAAAUGACCCUGUCAUCCUAAUAUCAAAUAAGAUAACUUAAAAAAUGGACUCAUUGUUUAAAACAAUAGGACAAAUACAAUUUCCAGCAGUAUUAAUUCAUGGUAGAUAUUCUUGCUUAAUGUAGAGAAAUAAUUUCACAUACCAUAUCAGUUUCUAAGAGUGAAAAUCAUAUUUCCAUGAUACAAGUGGACCUUAAAUGAUGAUAAAGUAAACAUCUGUCACACAGGGAAUGGAAGUAAUGAAAUGAUAUCUGGGAUUAAAAGAAUUCUACUAGAUUUAACAAAAGUUACUAAGGAUAUGUCUAAGACUACUUAAUAGUAUAAUUUCUAGCAUGAAUAAAGAAUAUACAAAUAAUUCAUAAUUACAAUGAGGAAUAUAUACCAUGUUUCCCUUUAUAAAAGUGGCCACUCACUCACAACAAUAUACAAUAUGAGCACACAGGCAAGGAAAAAUACCAAUCUGAGUCAGAGAUCUAGGGGUUACAGAUGUCUUUCUCUUUCAAACUGAAAGUUCAAAUGUCUUCUUACUGAAGAAAAAGUAUUCAUUUUUCUUUCAAUGGAGUUUGAACAAAGCAAAAAAAUGAAAUACAAUUUUUUAAAUGUGUGUGUGUUUUUAAAAGAAUUAACAGAUAUGUAUGACUGUGCUCUUACAAUAAUGACCAAUAUGGAAGUGUGUUUUGCAUGACAAUAAAAAGGGGGGAAAGGGAAAAAAUCAACAGAAUGCACCAUUCUACCCCAAUAAUAAAACUCAUGUCAAAUCUUAACAGCAAACAAUUCAAGAAUAAAAAAUAUUUUUCAAAACA